GAGUUCUAAUUGUUUUGAACGAUGGCGUUUCUUUCUCCAUUUUUUCGAUCGCCAUGGACGGAUAUAACGGGCGCUAUGUUUUCCCACCAAAUGCUGGGUCGGUGUGCUAAACAGGAGAUGGAAAUGAUGGAUUGUUUGGAAGCAUACGGCUUAGACAAAGGAUUAAAGAAAUGUCAAGAUUUAAUUGAUGAUUUUAAAGAGUGCCAGUCAUGUCAGAAGCAGUUUUGCAGAUUUAUGGCCAUGCGCAAAGAAAGGGAUCGUCAAAUAGCCGAAGGAAAACUGACUGGAGAUGACAAAUAUUGUAGUCCAAAAGUGGACAGCUAUUGA